AUGAAAGCAGUCGGAUCGGCGAGCACGCGCGGAGUUUCUAGGCGUAUUAAAGGUGUUCUGGCGGGAGGCGUAGGAGGAGGUAGAGUUGGGCUGGGUAGACUGCCAUUGUUGGUGCGUGAAUACAGCAACGGGGAGAAGAGUCUAAAGGAGCGGUUUGCGGAGGUGUUUCCAAGCAAGGCGGAGGAGAUCAAACAAUUUAAAAAGCAACAUGGGAAGGUGGCUAUUGGUCAGGUAUUGUUAGAGCAGGCGUACGGCGGUAUGCGCGGGAUUCCCGGGAUUGUUUGGGAAGGGUCUGUGUUAGAUCCUCAUGAAGGGAUCCGCUUUAGGGGUAGGACAAUUGCGGAGAUUCAGCAGGAGCUUCCAAAGGCGGCGGAUGGUCAAGAGCCGUUGCCGGAGGCAUUGUUUUGGUUAUUGUUGACGGGAGAGGUUCCUACGGAGACGCAGGCGAAGGCAUUAUCUGCAGAUUUGAUGUCGCGUUCCGAGUUGCCGGAGCAUGUUAUUCGUUUAUUGGACGGGUUGCCAAAGGAUUUGCAUCCCAUGGCGCAAUUUUCUAUUGCUGUGACGGCGUUAGAGUCGGAGUCUAAGUUUGCAAAGGCUUAUGCUCAGGGGGUGGCAAAGAAGGACUACUGGAACUAUACGUUUGAGGAUUCUUUGGAUUUGUUGGGGAAGUUGCCUGUGAUUGCUUCGAAGAUUUAUCGGAAUGUGUUCAAAGACGGCAAAAUAGGCGCUGUUGAUCCUAAUGCGGAUUACGGUAAGAAUCUGGGGCAUUUGUUAGGGUUUCAGAAUAAGGAGUUUGUGGAUUUGAUGCGGUUGUAUUUGUCUGUGCAUUCGGACCAUGAGGGUGGUAAUGUUUCAGCGCAUACUACACAUUUGGUUGGUUCUGCGUUGUCUUCGCCAUAUUUAUCGUUUGCUGCGGGGAUGAACGGGUUGGCGGGUCCUUUACAUGGACGUGCUAACCAGGAGGUUUUGGAGUGGUUGUUUAAGUUGCGUGAGGAGGUUAAGGGCGAUUAUUCCAAGGAGACCAUCGAGGCUUAUUUGUGGAAUACUUUGAAGUCAGGGCGGGUUAUUCCUGGUUAUGGGCAUGCAGUGUUGAGGAAGACCGACCCACGGUAUACUGCGCAGCGUGAGUUUGCUUUGAGGCAUUUCCCUGAUUACGAUUUGUUCAAGUUGGUUUCUGCGGUUUAUGAGGUAGCGCCCGGUGUGUUACAGCAACAUGGUAAGACUAAGAACCCUUGGCCUAAUGUGGAUUCCCAUUCGGGUGUUCUUUUGCAGUACUACGGUUUAACUGAGGGUUCUUUCUACACUGUGUUGUUUGGUGUUUCCAGAGCAUUUGGUGUUUUGCCUCAGUUGAUUAUUGAUAGGGCUGUUGGUACUGCAAUUGAGAGACCAAAGUCGUUUAGUACUGAGAAGUUUAAGGAGUUGGUUGCUAAGAUUACGGCAACAAGCUCUUGA